AGCUUUGUUACUACCUAGUGUGCGUACCCGUUGCCAUGCAUCCACGACGCGUACUUAAGCACGCACACCCCCACUUGCUAUUUCGUGCACUCAACACCGUAACGGCCAGCGAUCGCAACACUGGCUCAGCCAUGGCUCAAGAAGUAGUGCCGUUCAACGUCUUGUCGGACUCGUACGCGACGUUCAUCUCGACUCUACGUAGCAAGUUGCCCGGCAGUAAUGCAGACAUGGUGGGCGAGAAGAAGGGGAAACAGCGGCUUGUGCUCGCCAAGCAGACCGGCGCCGACAAGCCGCCGCCGAGAUGGAUCCACGUCGAGCUGAAAGGCAAGGGCGGCGCGGCGCCCAAGGUGGCCAUCCGCAGCGACAACGUCUACAUCUUCGCCUUCACCAACGCCGGUGGGAAAUGGUUCAAGCUCACCAAGGGCAAAACGAGUGUCCUUCCGGACGCCACGCCGCUGGGCUUUGACGGCCACUACACCACACUCGUCGGCGGCGCCACCAACCUGUCCACCUUGAAGCUUGGCAAGUACACCACAUCGGAAGCAGCCGGCGCCCUCUGGAACCACAAUAACAAGUCCUACGUCAACGCCGACCUCAAGAAGGCCGUGGCGACCCUCUGCGUGGUCCUCUCCGAGGCAGCUAGGUUGACCCCCGUGUACGAUGCCGUGAUCACAGGUUGGGACGAGCCGGCCGGAGUCUCCAUCGCCGGUACGGUCGUCAAGAACUUCAUCACCAACUGGGGUGACCUCUCCAAGGCCCUGCUAGGAUGGAAGCGCGACGCUUACAAGAACGAUGCCAAGUGGUUCAAGAACUUGGCGAGCGCCGGGAUUAGCACCGGGGAAGAAGCCCUGGCGGUGGUCGAGCUUCUGCUCAACAACCCACCGGCGCUGAGCCUCUUGUCCUGGAUCAAGCACCUCUGGGGACUACUGGUGAAUGGUCAAGAAGACCCAGCAAAGAGCUCAGCCAUCGUUACCCCUCUUUAGUCACAACACAACGAUCGUCCAAGAAUAAAAGUGUUUGCUGUUUUCAAGCAAAACAAUCCGUGCAGGCAUCAUGCAUGCAUGUAAGAAGACGGCAAAUAAGUUCUAAGUUAUGCACAAUAUUCUAUCUACGUAUUCUCUCUCAUAACUAUACUACCAAGUUUUAAGUUAUGUACACUAUUCUAUCUACGUAUUCUCUCAUAUCUAUACUACCAAGGGCUGCAACUUUUUAUUUCA